AUGGUUCACUCAUCCUACAACAUGGCCCCAGGCGACCUCGAGCUGCGCGGCGCGGUCGCGAACCGCCUCCGACGGCCCGGGGACACAAUCGACAUCGACGGCAUCACAUAUGAGUACUGCGAUAGCUCGGACGACGAGUCGAUCGACGAGGCGCACCAGGUGGGACCGGGGAAAACGUUUGGAAUAUUCAUCUCGCGGAUAUCGGCGCCGCUCGAGAUGUUCCUUGGCUACGCUGCCGAGACGUGGCUGGGGCGCAGGCCUCGAGCUGUGUUCAACCGGCUGUUCAAGGACGUGAUGCAUCGUCCCUGUCCAAUGGUGGGGGAUCGUUGCUUGGAUCCCACAUCGGCAGAGAAACUGUGGAUUGACAUCGUGAACUGCAAGGACCCAGCUCAGAAGGAAAGGAACAUUGGCAGCCUCGCCCUGCUCCGGAACUACAUAAUGCGUAGGCAGAUGGAUCGUUUCAAGGAUCCCGACACAGUACGCGCUUUGCAUGAAGUCAACGCCCGCAUCGUCGAAGCAGAGUCUACCGCCACUCUUAAGAGGGAAGAGGUUGCGGAUAUCCAACAGGACCUUCGCCUCUUGCAACGGACCCGGGAGAGGGCUGAAGCCAGCAGACCUACCACGCAAUCCUAUAUCGAGAGUCUUCCGGCUGCGUUUUUCGAAGGGAUCGACAUCGCCCUACGGGCCUUGGACGAGCGGAUACGUACACGAUCGGAGGUGAUGCCGCCUGCGGAGGAGCGCAUGCGGGAGGCAGAGAGGGCGUUGGAUGAGCUUAUAGAGAGCCGCCGGCCCCUGCUGGCACAGACGUCUCCGGCGCAAGUUGUUCCCGAGGAAAUAUGGAUCAACAUAUGGAUGUGGGCAGAGAAUUUACAUUGCCCGGAGCCUAAGCCGGGGCUUGCGUAUGUGUUCUCCUGGGUAUGCACCCGUUGGAGAAAGAUAUUCUUGCGGACACCGACAUUAUGGAGACAGGUUCGAGUAUCCCUGGGUACUUCCAGCGACCUCCUGCGACUGCAAUUACAAAGGUCGGAUCCAUGUCCUUUGGAUGUAUACUUCAUCUUUGGGAACCGCCGCAUCAAGAGGGAGGAUACUCCGCGGAAAGUGAACAUGCUGUUGACCGAGCUCGUAUUUUGCGCCAACCGCUGGGUGUCAUUCCACCUUGGCGGAACGACCGACCUAGACUUCUACGAUGAUUCGAAGUUGGUAGGAUGGUCGCUGUACACCGACGGUAUUCAAGACAUGCUCAGCAAAGCCCACGCACCGCGUCUCCGCCACUUCUGUGCCUGGUGGUACGGUGACCCUACUUUGAUAGUGGGUCGAGGAUUGUGCCCGCCGGUGGCGUGUUCUCUGUCAGAAUUACAGAUUUGUGGAUUUGCAAUCAGGACGAACCUGAGUCUCUUCAGUGGCUUAACAAGUCUCGAGCUAGUUCGGCCCUCUGUGCGAGAUCUGCCUAGCAUUUGGGAAUUCCGGGAUAUGCUCGUGCAGUGUCCGAGUCUAGUUCACCUUGGUCUCGACGGCAAGUGUUUCAACAGCGACUCCAGCUUCCGCCUGCGCUUCCCGGACCCUUUACCUCUUCCUGCCUUACGGUCACUCAUGCUUCGCUUCAUCGAUUACGAGCAGGAGGAGGAAGUGCUUUUCAUUCACGAGCUGUUUGACACCUUUGCCGCUCCUGCAUUGUCGACCCUAUACGUUCUUCACCUCGACGUACCUUGUUUGACAGCAUUUGUCGAGGCACUGGAGGCCAAGCCGAUGGUAUGUGCAUCCGGAACGCUGCCUGUCCUUUUCCUGCGCUUCGGAGGAUAUAAAGAAGAGGAUCAUGGAAUACCUUCCGCCCUUGCUACCAGGACACUUGUGCUAUUCCCGCAACUCAGGCACCUCUGGCUGUGCUCGGGUGUCCAGGAUACUCGGAGCUUCCUGCGGGCCCUGCGAAACAUCAAGGAGUGCCAGCGAGAACCGGGCUGCUCAUCGCUCCACGCAGUGACUCUGGAGUUGCACGUCAUAAGAGAGCACAAUGCCGACGACUUCAUCUCUCGAGCCCGCAAGAUUGGCGUGCGCGACAUUACCGUGCGUCUAUAUCAUUCGUUCAAUGAUACCUGGCUGGAUUACGACGUGUGGCGACAACAUGAUAGAUCCAGAGGCGCAAUAAUAGAACGAGUGACAUGGUGUGAAUCUGCAUUCGAAUGCUUCGAGAAGAGGACGAUUCGCGCGCAUCUCAUCCAUACCUGA